GCCUGGGCCAGCGGCCAUGGCUCUCUUGGACAUUGUCUUCGGACUUUGGCAAAUUCUUAUCCACAAUGUGCAGCUGGUCGGCUAUGAGCUGGAUGGGGAGACGCACGAGCGCAUGGAGCAGCGUGCGCAGAUGCUGAACCGGGAGAUGACUCGGCUGUGGCAGGAGGUAGAGCGGAUGAACCAGGAGCAGAGGAACCAGGAGCAGAGCGGCUUUGCUUGGGCAUCCCUGCUCCUCUCCGCCUUGCAGUGCUGGCAGUUCUGGGCCGUUGCUGCAGUCCUGGUCCUGCUCUUUGGGCUCUGCUGGUGGCUCAGGAAACGGAGCCAUGAGCCAGAGAGAGAAGAGGAGAGCUCCGGUAACAACGUGGAGGAGGAACACCAAGAAAAGAAUGACGACACAAAUGACCCAGGAAGGUUUUUUGAGGAUCCCAUACAGAGGCCAGUUCAGAACCGGGACAGAGAUUGCGAAGCUGUGAAGAACCUGGUGCAAAAAUUCAUCGAUCUCUUCAAGUAUGAGUUCUCCAAUACUUGGUACCCUGUGGUGCAAAAAGCCCUCGAGGUGGGCACCGCCUUCGAAGGUUGGAGUCCCCAGGAAGUAGACAUCACCCACCACCUGCUUGUGUCUCUGAAGCCCCCCCGUGGACACAUCUUCCAGCUCGAGCCAGGCCCCUCGUGGCCGGUGAGGAACUUUCGCAUCCGUGUGGAAUUGGAGUGUACCUGUGAGAAGCAGCAGCGAACAGCAGAGACACGUUGCUUCCUCCACGACCCCGAGGAGGAGCAGAGGAGGAAGGAGGGCCCCAACAUCCUAGACGACCUCUGCACUGACUCCUACCUGGAUGUGCAGAAAACUGCUCACUGGUUCCAGAAGAUGGUGAGGCGUUUCUGGAAGGAUCUGCUUGAGUCAGCCACACACCGCCUAAUGGUGCUGCCCUCGGAUCGCUCCUGCAAAUUCCGCGUGACACAAGGCUGGGAGAAAAGUCUCUUAACUGAGUUGAUGUUUGGGGUGCAGGAAGGUGACUCGGACAUCUUCCUGAGCAGCCAGUAUGCAGAGGCUGCCUACACCCCAAGCACGAUCUGGCCAGAGACCUACGCUGUGGCAGAGAGGAAGUUCUUCAGCUAUAUUGCCAGCCAGGCACAGCCUGACAUCUGCCACCUCAGGUGCCUGCAGCUCUGCGUCAGCAGCCUGCUGGGCAGAGACUUUUACAUCUAUACGCUGAAGACAGUUGUGAUGCACCUGCUGACCAUCAUACCCCUGUCACGCUGGCACAAGGACGCUUUCACGGAGCGGCUGGAGGACAUCAUGCUGUACCUGCAGAGGUGCCUGAACAAGAAAGGCCUCAACCACUUCUUCAUCGGCAAUGAUAAUGUGCCUGAGGAGAUCAUCUUGCCCCUGGAACUGCAAACGGCUAAAUGGCUCAAUCUCUUCCAGCACCUGGAGCACAAUCCUGACGCCUAUGAGGAGGCAUGGCUUGAUUUUCUGGUGCUGCAAUGUUGGCUUCGUAAACAGGUUCUCCACGGACACUGAAAGAGGUCGUCCUGCACGAGGAGGCCUGUGACAGGGACUCCGUUACCAACCGGACAGUGACUGUACCCCUGACUGUGAGACACUCCAUUCCUUCUGGGAGCUUUACCAUCUGCAAAGUUGCCAAUAAAAGUUGUGUUUGAACAAA